AUGCAUACUGUGUAUUACAAUGGGCCAUAUACUAUCAGCAAUAGACCGAUAAUUUUGAAACCUUGGAUAGCAGAUUUUGAUUUCAACAAGGAAUUUCCUACUGAAAUACCACUGUGGGUAAAGUUCCCAAACUUACCUAUGAGCUGCUGGGGAAGUAGGACCUUGAGUAGAAUUGCUAGCAUGCUAGGAAAUCCAGUCUUUGCUGAUGAAUGUACCACAAAGCAAACUAGGAUUUCUUAUGCUAGAAUGCUUGUGGAGAUAAAUGUCAGCCAGCCUCUUUCAGAUGAAAUCACUGUAAUUGAUCCAAAAGGGAAACACUUCCAGCAACAAGUGACUUAUGACUGGAAACCAGAAUUUUGUGAAACAUCUCAAGUAGUGGGGCAUAAAUGCAGAGAAAAAGGUGAAGAAGAAGAGCAGAGAAAUAUGCAGCAUAGAAGAAGGAGGACAAGGACUGUCACACAAGAGUGGAGAACCAAAGGCCCUAUACAACAAAAUGCUCCAGUUGAAAAGCAAAAGGAACAGCCAAAGGAAGUAACACAGCAGACUCAGCAGAUAAGCAUAGCAGGUUCUGAGGAAGGACUAGAAGAACAGGUAAGGAAGAAUAAGGGGAAAGCUCUACAAAGCCCUGAAUUCAACCUUCAAAAUUUUCCAAUGCUAUGCUCUGUCCCUGUAAAGAAUGGAUUUGGAGUGCUGCAAGGAGGAGAUAGUGUAGUUCAAACCACACCUCUGGAUAAAGGAGGUGGAACAAAAACAAUAUGA